AUGGCUUCUUCAGUGGCAAAUGGCCACGCGCUACCAUCUCCUCCGCCAGCUUAUCUCCGCGAUUCACCCCCACCGCUAUCUUUGCGCGAUUCCAACAUCACCGUGCCUCGAACAAUUCCAACUCGUCCCAGUGAUAUCACUCUCAUCGGAAAACAAAUCUCCAUACAAACCGAGUCUGAGCAUUUCUCCGUGGUUCAAAACUCCCCACGCUCCCCGGUUAGAAUCGAUAGCGGAGCUCCAGUUCCCCGCCCAUCCAGUGUACAAAUCGAAAAUGUCACCAAUAUUCCAGCAACACCGCAGUUGCAGCUACCAGAGUUUGCUCAGGUGUCCCUCAAUGACCCUACACCCCCACAACAAUCGUGGAACCCUUCACAUCCUCUGCGACGCGACUCCUUACCAGCAGCGCCGUAUUCACAAUCGCGCCCAUACGGCCAUACCCCAGCUAGCAGCGGAUCGUGGUCGGUGACAGAGUCGCAGUUGAAAGACGAGGCGACGGAUCUCACAAAGAAGAACAUCUCAAUUGAUCGUGCAAACAUGAGUAACCAGAACUCCUCUCGUGGAAGUCUGGAGAGCGACGCGGUUGCCGAAGAGAAUUACGAACCUUUGACGUACCAUCACCAACAGCAACAGAAUGCGCAAUCUCAGACGCAGGCAUCUAAGCGCGCAACAUUGGGUAUGGAUUUGGCUGAGAACCCCUCUGGAUCAACUGGGAACUUACUCGCGCGGCGUACGAGAAUUUCUCGUCCCCUCUCUACCUAUUCGUCUGGUUCUGAGGUCGGCAUGGCUGGCCACCGUCGCAAUCUGUCUGCAUCUCCAUACAUGCAUGGCAGAUCCUCAUCGAGGAAUUCAACUGCAUCCCCGGAUAACCGAUCGACUUCCUUCCUGGACCUGCUUAAUACAUCAUACCCGCAACCUGGUCCAAGUGUUUCCCAGUUCGACAACUCGCACCUUCAAUCCGCCGUCGGCAACAACGCUUCGCUGUUAAGCCAUAAGCAAACUUUUGAAAUGUACCUUCAAAACGUGAAGAAGACUGAUGCACCGGCCGUGCAGUACGAGUUUGCCGUAUUCAUGAUUAACUCCAUGCACGAAAUGCCCAAUGUGGACCUCGAGGACACAAUGUCCAUCACUCGAGCUCGACUUCUUCGUGAAUCAAAAUCUAUUCUCCAGCGACUAGCUGAUCGCAGCUACCCAUUUGCACAAUAUUACCUCGGCGACGGGUAUGCCUCCGGAUUAUUCAACAAGGGCAAGGAAGACUAUGACCGCGCAUUCUCGCUCUUCGUCGCUGCUAGCAAACACGGCCAUGUGGAGGCUUGUUACCGUGCCGCUUUAUGCUACGAAUUCGGCUGGGGAACAAGAGCAGAUGGUGGGCGUGCAGUUCAGUUCUAUCGACAAGCUGCAUCGAAGAACCACCCCGGUGCAAUGAUGCGUAUGGCCAAGGCCUGCAUAGCCGGUGAUAUGGGAUUAGGGAAGCGGUACCGCGAGGGCAUAAAAUGGAUGAAGCGUGCGACCGAGUCUGCGGAUACGCAGUAUAACUCUGGUCCGUACGAAUUGGGCGUGCUGCACGAAACAGGCUUCGGGGAUGAUGUUUUCGCCGAUGCAUCUUACGCAGCGCAGCUUUUCACUAAGUCUGCUGAAUUGGGCCAUGUUGAGGCUGCUUACAGAAUGGGAGAUGCAUAUGAGCACGGCAAAUUGAACUGUCCUCGUGAUCCGGCGCUGAGUAUACAUUUCUAUACCUCGGCGGCACAGGCGCAGCACCCCCUCGCUAUGAUGGCUUUGUGUGCAUGGUAUAUGGUGGGAGCAGUACCUGUCCUUGAGAAAGAUGAAAACGAGGCCUAUGAAUGGGCUCUGCGUGCCGCUAAUCUUGGUUUGGUAAAGGCUCAAUAUGCAGCUGGAUAUUUUACGGAAAUGGGACUUGGUUGCCGACGUGAUCCUCUCGAAGCAAAUGUAUGGUACGUCAAGGCCGCUGAUCAAGGCGAUGAGCGAGCCAGAGCGCGCCUCGCUGCGAUUAGAGCUGCUGCGGAGGGUGCCAACCCUGCCUUUCAUGGUCGCAAUGGAGCCCGCCCUCGCAAAGAGAAGAAGAGUCAUCCCCAAGAUCCCACUAAGCAAAAGCAAAAGCGAUUUGCCAUUUUCUAA